AGUUUCGGAUCCUCUUUAUGACGUCUUCUUUUGUUUCCCUUCACCUCGUUCUAUCGUUUAUGACCUGCAUGUAAACACAGGGAGGAGAAGAACCAAAGGGAUAAAAAAAAGUCAUGUCUUCAGCAAGACGAGUACAGCAAUGGGCCACAUUUGGCAGAAUGUGGUAUUUAUAUGAUGCUAAGUGGCAAAAUCCAUUCCAAACAGCCAGUAAAGUCAAGGACUACCUCACAGGUAGCACAAAACCUAUUUAUCAUCCCCUAAGUGACUGUGGAGAUCAUGUUGUUGUCAUAAACUCCCGUGACAUUGCCAUGCCUGGGACAGAGUGGGAAAAGCGUGUCUACUUUCACCACACCGGGUACCCAGGAGGAGCAUCAUGGACACUGGCUUGGGAGCUGCACCAGAAGGAUCCUACACUGGUUCUCCGAAAAGCUGUGUAUAGUCAGUUGAGUAAAAACUUGCUUAGAAGAGGAAGGAUGGCAAGGCUACACAUAUUCCCAGAUGAUAAGAUACCUGACAGCAUUUUGCAGAAUAUUUCUGGACAAAUUCGCCAGCUUAGACCAGUUCCUAAGCGUCUAGACCACUAUACUGAAGAAGAAGUGAAGAAUUUCCCCAAAGUUUUUGACUGGCCCAAAGAGUACAUUAUUCAGUAAUAAGGGACUGGGAAAUAUAUUGUAAAUAGUUUGUAAUUAAAGUAAUGUUCUUU